GAGCACAUUGUUUUUUAAGUGAGUUCCAACAUACACUACUUUUCAUAACAAUAUUCUACUUAGGGUUUCUUCCAAGUGUGCAAUUGGCGGUGCUUCACAAUUAAUAUUAACAUUUUGACGUAUGUAUGUAUCUCCUUCAUCUUUUGUGCUACUGCUUUAGUGGCUUUAGGGUUGAGCCGCCCUUGCAAAAGCGCCACAGAAAAUCUUGAAGAAAACAAAAAUGGCGGAACUUGUUCUCAAAUUAGAGAUACCUGAAGAUGAAGAAUUAGAGGAAUUGGAAGAGGAAGAGUUAUUAUGGUGUUCCGAUUCUGAAAUUGGUGAAGCUUUGGAUUAUCUGGACACAAGAGAUAAUUCUGAAUCGAUAAAUGGAGCUUUUAGUCUCCAAACAAGGCGCCCAAAUGCUCAUGGAGGACUUCAUACUCGACCCAAUUCUUCUGCUUUACAACCCCUUUCUAAUCGUACCCAGAAAUUUGCUAAUCAUAUCAGAGCUUCACCAUUAGAGGAAUGGGAAGGGAGGAUCAAAGUUGGCAUGUCAAAUUCUGUGACUACUGCAAUUCGUGGAAGUGUCCGGGAUAUGGCUAUUGGUAAAACUAAAACGACUGAGAAAGCAGACCGCGCCACUGUUGAACAGGCAAUUGAUCCAAGAACCCGAAUGGUUUUGUUUAAAAUGCUCAAUCGCGGUGUCUUUCAUGAUAUUAAUGGCUGUAUUUCAACUGGGAAAGAGGCCAAUGUUUAUCAUGCAACAAAAGCCGAUGGUCAGGAACUGGCGAUCAAAGUAUACAAAACUUCAGUUCUUGUUUUCAAGGAUAGAGAUCGCUAUGUACAGGGUGACUAUCGCUUCAGAUAUGGAUACUGCAAGCACAAUCCACGGAAAAUGGUUAAAACAUGGGCUGAGAAAGAAAUGAGGAAUCUGAUGAGGUUAAGGGCAGCUGGAAUCAGGUGCCCAGCUCCAAUUCUCUUGAGGCUUCAUGUUCUCGUUAUGGAAUUCAUAGGGAAAGGAGGCUGGGCAGCACCUCGACUAAAGGAUGCUGCUUUAUCUCUUGACAAGUUACGUGAAUGUUAUGUGGAGAUAAUUAUGGCAAUGAGAACUCUGUAUCAGAAAUGCAAGCUGGUGCAUGGCGACUUAAGCGAGUAUAACAUCCUAUAUUUCGAGGGUCACCUAUAUGUUAUUGAUGUUUCACAAUCAGUUGAUCUUGACCAUCCUCAUGCACUUGAUUUCCUCCGAGAGGAUUGUGUACAUGUUUCUGACUUCUUUAAAAAACAUGGCGUGGCUGUUAUGACAAUCCGGGAGUUGUUUGAUUUUAUAGUUGAUCCUUCUAUUAAUGAUGAUUCAGUGGAUAGCUAUUUGGAGAAGGUUCAAGAGAGAAUUUUGGCUAGAGGUGAGAUGACUGCUGAAGAAGAAAUUGCUGACUCCGUAUUUAUUCAGUCAUUUAUUCCCAAGACUCUUGAUCGUGUGAAAGACGCUGAAGCAGAUGUUCAACGCAUUAUUAGUGGUGAGGACACAGCAGACAUGUACUACAAAACUAUUACAGGUCUGAAGCAGGCUCUCUCAGGGACAAACCCUUCAACAGAAAAUCAGCAGCACCAACAAAUUGACGAACGCGGAUUAGAUGCCAAUGCUGCAGCUGAAAUUGACAAACCAUCUGAUGGUGAAUCAGAGCCAGAGACCGAGUCAGAUGAUGACGACGAUGAAAGUGAUUGUAGUGAAGGCUCAUCAUCUGAUGGAGAGAAACCAACAGCUGCUGAUAAGAAAGCAGCUAGAAAAGAGAACAAGAAGAAAGUUAAAGAAGAGAAAAGGGAAGCGCGGAAACAUAAAGUACCAAAAGCUGUGAAGAAGAAGAAGAAAAAGUUGGCCAAGGCCAAGAAGUAUAGGUAAUCAAUCAACUGCAAUGUUAAACAAAGUUUGUUUUGGGGUUUAAAUUGUUGUGUAGAAAGGAUAUUGAAGUUCUUAGGUUUUAGAGGUUAAAUUUUUGUAGAAAGCAGAAUGAAGCUUGCUGCAAAGAUGAACACUUUUCACGGA